AACACGGGCUAGAAAACUUUUUCUUGCUAAACUUGUGGGAAACGUUUUACGCUUGGAUCUAGCUUGAAAGUCCACAUGAGAAACCAUAAAGGUGAGGAGCCGUAUCCCUGUGCAACUUGUGGGGAAAGAUUUGUUAUCAAAUCACUUCUAACAAAACAUUUGAGUACACACACAUAGCAAAACUGAUAUUUUUGUAAAAUGUUGGAAAGAUCUCUGUCUUGCCAGUUUAUACAAAGUCCACAGGAGACUACAUCCAGUUGAGAAGCCACACCAUGGCAACACGAGAGGGAUACGAUUUGCUCAAGCGUUGUCAAAGAAGUUGUUACUUAGUUAUUGAUUCAUUGAUUAGUGAUACAACAGUUAGCGAAAACGACACUGGAAAUAUUUCCAGGGGACCAAGAAAGUGAUGAACCUAGUUGUAGUUCAAUGCUUUAUGAAGUUCUAUCACCACUGAUGAGGAGCAGACUUCAAUAACUUCACAAAGCAUUGAACUACAGCCAGGUUCAUCACUUACAUCUACACAAGAGAGAUUGUCUACAUUUGCAUUAGCUGCAUCUCUGUAACUGAAUGUGGAAAAUAUCCCAUUGAGGAGACAUCACAAUAUCUUUGAUGCAGUACAUGGUCAACAACAUUUGCUGAAGUACCCACGUUUCUGUUCUUCAUGUGACUCAUUGAUAUUUACAUCUGCAAAGGAAGUGAUGUUUUCACCCAUGUCUCUUUGUUUAUUCAUUUAUCAGCCAUUUAUACCAAAUGGUGCAGGAAGGGGACGGGGGUGAGAGAAAUUGAUUGGGUUAAAGUGGCAGAUCCAGGAUAUUUUAUUAUCACUGAAUGUUGAGAGAUGGUUGUCAAUGUGUCAGGAAACACUGUGGAUCAAGAUGUAAAAAUCGGACAUAUUUGUGGUACAGAGAUUUAUAAGAACACAGAAUGUGGUGCAGAUUAUCAGAUGACUUCCCUUUUACUAUUCUCUUUUAUUUGAAGAACAAGAAAAUCUCUUGUUAAUGUGUACACAGUCCUAAAUGACUCUCACUGUAAAUAUUUAUUAUUUUGUACUACGUGCAUUCAAUACUUCAGUGCAUGUGCAGUUUAUUAAAGUUUCUUGAAUUAUGCUGAUUGUAUUUUACGUCUGUCAAACGUUGAAUCUGUGUUUGUCUGUUAGUUAGCAAAAAUAUGCUCAAACUCCUGGACAUCACCAUGAAACUGGGUGAAAAGAUGUGGCAUGGGUCAGAAAAGUACUGAUUACACUUUGGUGCAGAUACAGGAAUUCUUAACACUUUCUUUAGUACAGGACUGUUUUUAUAUCUCUAAUAGAUGCCGAAGUUACAAAGAGAAUUUAAUGUUUUAUUCUUGAAUCUGUUUUGAGCCACACUCCAAUCCAGAAGGUGGCAGUAAAGCACCCGGAAGCUGUUUACCAACCUUCAUUAUAAGGAGAAGAACAAGUACUGUUGUUAGCCUGCUAUGCUAACAUCCAACAGAACAUGAUGCUACUCGGCUAAAUGCUUUCGGAUCAAGUCUUCUACUACACACGUGGUUUUGUUUCGUUUAUAACAAUUGUCGGCAGAAGUAAAGCAAGUCGCCAUCUUCCGUAUUCGUCUUCGCUGCGUUCUCAGAGAAGUUAGUUGGCUAAAGCGUUUUAAUGGAAAUGUCUACAAUCCAGAGUUUAAGACAGUUUAUCAACGAGAGGUUACAAACUGCUGCUGAAGACAUAUUAGGAUGUUUUGAAGCGACUGUCGCAAAGUACGAGGAUGAGAUCGGUCGUCAGCGCAGACUGCUGGAUGUAACUUUGAAACCUGUAGUAAAGCUGCAGAGAAUAGAGCUCCCACAGCGACAUGUCUGUAUCAAGGAAGAGAUUCCUGCUGACCUGCUGGAGAGGAACCCCAGUCCAGACCAAGAGGAGCCAGAACCUCCACAGAUUAAGGAGCAACAGGAGGAGCACUGCAUCGAGCUCCCAGAGCAACAUUUUCUGAACGAGGAAGAGUUUCCAUCUGACCAGCAGCUCUGGAGCCUUGAGAGGAACCCCAGUCUGGACCAAGAGGAGCCAGAACCUCCACAGAUUAAAGAGGAGGAGGAGAUUUGCAUCAGUCUGGAAGUAGAGCAACUUGUACUGAAGCAGGAGGAUCAAGAUAACCUUUUGUUGAAUCCUACUUUCAAGGAAAGUGACCACAGUGAACCAGAACCAAGUGACCACCAGCUCCUCUCCCACAGCUCAGCUCAGAGCCAAGAUCUCAAAGGAGGCCAUCAUGGAAACUCAACAUCAGUUAGUAAUGCAGAGCAGGCAUCAGAAAAGGAACAUCAUGUCAUCACAAGAGCAAAAGAAAGCACAAGUCCCAGUAACCUUGCAUGUAGCACUACCAUGUCAAAGAUUGUGCCGAAUAUCUGCAAGAGCAAAAAGGUUUUCCAGUGUGACACUUGUGGAAAAGUCUUUAAGUGGAAGUCACGAUUAAAUGGACAUCUGAAGGUGCACACAGGUGAGAAACCAUAUCUUUGCAAAACCUGUGGAAAAAGAUUUUGUUACAAGUCAGCACUAAAAAGACAUUUGAGAGUCCACACAGGGGAGAAACAGCAUUCUUGCGAAAUGUGUGAAAAAAGUUUCACAACUAGAAUGAAUCUGCAGGUCCACGAGAGAACACACACGGGCGAGAAACCUUUUUCUUGCAAAACUUGUGAGAGAAGUUUUACAACUAGAAGGAGUCUGCAGGUCCACGAGAGAACACACACGGGCGAAAAACCUUUUUCUUGCAAAACGUGUGGGAAAAGUUUUACAACUAGAAAUAUCUUGAAGAUACACGAGAGAACACACACGGGCGAGAGACCUUUUUCUUGCAAAACUUGUGGGAAAAGUUUUUCAAUUAGAAAUAGCUUGAAGAUACACGAGAGAACACACACGGGCGAGAGACCUUUUUCUUGCAAAACCUGUGGGAGAAGUUUUACGCGUGUAUAUUACCUGCAGGACCACGAGAGAACGCACACGGGCGAGAAACCUUUUUCUUGCAAAACUUGUGAGAGAAGUUUUAAUAACAGAAGUAACCUGCACGUUCACGAGAGAACGCACACGGGCGAGAAACCUUUUUCUUGUAAAACUUGUGGGAGAAGUUUUACGCGUGUAAAUUACCUGCAGGACCACGAGAGAACGCACACGGGCGAGAAACCUUUUUCUUGCAAAACUUGUGGGAGAAGUUUUAAUAACAGAAGUAACAUGCACGUUCACGAGAGAACGCACACGGGCGAGAAACCUUUUUCUUGCAAAACUUGUGAGAGAAGUUUUACAACUAGAAUGAGUCUGCAGGUCCACGAGAGAACACACACGGGCGAGAAACCUUUUUCUUGCAAAACGUGUGGGAAAAGUUUUACAACUGCAAAUAUCUUGAAGAUACAUGAGAGAACACACACGGGCGAGACACCUUUUUCUUGCAAAACUUGUGGGAAAAGUUUAUCAACUAAAAAAAUCUUGAAGAGACACGAGACAACGCACACGGGCGAGAGACCUUUUUCUUGUAAAACUUGUGGGAGAAGUUUUACAACUAGAAGUUACCUGAAGAUACACGAGAGAAUGCACACGGGCGAGAGACCUUUUUCUUGUAAAACUUGUGGGGAAAGUUUUACGCGUGUAAAGACCCUUCAGGUCCACGAGAUAACACACACGGGCGAGAAACCUUUUUCUUGCAAAACUUGUGGGAAAAGUUUUAGUCUUAGAAGUUACCUUCAGGUCCACGAGAGAACGCACACUGGCGAGAGACCUUUUUCUUGCAAAACUUGUGGGAAAAGAUUUAGGAAUGUAUAUACCCUACAGAUCCACGAGAGAACGCACACUGGCGAGAGACCUUUUUCUUGCACAACUUGUGGGAAAGGUUUUACAACAAGAAGAAUCCUGCUGGUCCACGAGAGAACGCACAAGGGCGAGAGACCUUUUUCUUGCAAAAAUAGUGGGAAAAGUUUUACACGUGGAUGUAGUUUGAAAGUCCACCUGAGAAGCCGUAAAGGUGAGGAGCUUUAUCCCUGUACAACUUGUGGGGAAAGAUUUGUUAGCCAAUCCCUUCUAACAAAACAUUUGAGUACCCACACAUAGCAAAACUGAUAUUUUUGUAAAAUGUUGGAAAGAUCUCUGACUUGCCAGUUUAUACAAAGUCCACAGGAGAAUACAUCCAGUUGAGAAGCCACACCAUGGCCACACGAGAGGGAUAAGAUUUGCUCAAGCGUUGUCAAAGAAGUUGUUACUUAGUUAUUGAUUCAUUAAUUAGUGAUACAACAGUUAGCGAAAACGACACUGGAAAUGUUUCCAGGGGACCAAAAAAGUGAUGAACCUAGUUGUAGUUCAAUGCUUUAUGAAGUUCCAUCACCACUGAUGAGGAGCAGACUUCAAUAACUUCACAAAGCAUUGAACUACAGCCAGGUUCAUCACUUAGAUCUGCACAAGAGAGAUUGUUUACAUUUGCAUUAGCUGCAUCUCUGUAACUGAAUGUGGAAAAUAUCCCAUUGAGGAGACAUCACAAUAUCUUUGAUGCAGUACAUGGUCAACAACAUUUGCUGAAGUACCCACGUUUCUGUUCUUCAUGUGACUCAUUGAUAUUUACAUCUGCAAAGGAAGUGAUGUUUUCACCCAUGUCUCUUUGUUUAUUCAUUUAUCAGCCAUUUAUACCAAAUGGUGCAGGAAGGGGACGGGGGUGAGAGAAAUUGAUUGGGUUAAAGUGGCAGAUCCAGGAUAUUUUAUUAUCACUGAAUGUUGAGAGAUGGUUGUCAAUGUUUCUGGAAAGACUGUGGAUCAAAGUGUAAAAAUCGGACAUAUUUCUGGUACAGAGAUUUAUAAGAACACAGUAUGUGGUGCAGAUUAUCAGAUGACUUCCCUUUUUCUUUUCUCUGUUUAUUACAAAACAAUAAAAUCUCUUGUUAAUGUGUACACAGUCCUAAAUGACUGUUACUGUAAAUGGUUGUUCUUUUGUACUUCGUGUAUUCAAUACUCCAGUGCAUUUGCAUUUUAUUAAAGUUUCUUGAAUUAU